AUGCCUGGAAUCAUCACAUCUACCGCUGCUGUGGUACCACAAGUGGUACCCAAGAAGCGAAGAGCACUACCAGCAGUCUGGAUGAGAGCUGGUACUUCAAAGGGUCUAUAUCUGCACCGCCAAGACCUACCACAAAGCCAACAAGACUGGUCUCCUGUGAUCACACGAGUCAUGGGCUCUUACGAUGCGGAUCCUAAGCAGUUGGACGGAAUUGGCGGAGCGACUUCAACAACCUCAAAAGUCGCCGUCAUAUCGCGGUCCACUCGUCCAGACGCAGAUGUGGAUUACACAUUUGUCCAAGUGACAAUUGGGGCUCCAAAACUGGACAUGACUGGCAACUGUGGCAACAUUGCAUCUGGUGUCGGUCCUUUUGCAGUUGAUGAGGGCUUGGUCGAUAUUCUUCCAGGACAGAGUCAGAUCCAAGUUAGAGUCUUCAACACCAACACAAACUCCGUCAUGAUUCAGACUGUUCAAAUCGAUGAUGAAGGCCAUUUCCUCGAGGACGGGGAUUGCAAGUUGCCCGGUUUAUGCUCCGUCGGCAGCCGAGUACAGAUGGGUUUCUCCAAACCAGCUGGUGCCAUGACUGGCAAGCUGCUACCUUCAGGUCGCGCAAUGAACACCAUUCUCAUGCAGACUUCGUUCAACUCCGAACCUGUCCCGAUACAAGUCAGUCUUGUAGAUGCUGCCAACCCUUUCUGCCUUGUCGACAGUUCCACACUACCGGAUUUUUAUCACACCGAAGGAUCUAGUGCAGCAGUCUCGAUCGAUUUCAUUGAGAGGGUGCGAAGAGAGGCAGCAGUCCUGAUGGGUCUUGCCAAGAGCAUCAAGGAAGCGGCGCUCACCAGAGGCACACCGAAGAUCGCAGUUCUCUCGAAACCAGAAUCUAUCGACAACAAGCCAUCAGUAGACUUCCAAGUUGUUGCAUAUUCCAUGGGCAAGGUUCACGGAAGCUUGCAAUUGACCGGAGCAGUCUGCCUCGGAACUGCAGCAUGCACUAAAGGCACUGUAGCUUACGAGCUACGCAAUGGUUCAUCUGAUACAAGGGCAAGGCAAGACUCUCCCAUUGAGUUAGAUAAUGUGUCAGAACUCGAGACGGUUCGUCUCCGACAUCCAGGUGGAGACAUGGAUGUUGAUGUUCGUUUGGAUGCAAAAAGCCAAGUAGAGGAGGUGAUAGUUUUCAGAACAGCCCGUCGGUUAUUUGAGGGCAAGGUUUACUACUUGGGAUGA